CUCGUUGGCAGACAACCUGGUAACGAACACAGGAAUGGAACAGACUACGAGAUUGAUGAUCAGCUUACCUGAGGCUCCGACAGCUACAGCAGGACGCAAGCUCCAGAACUGCAUAUGUGGUUGGACAAAGGUUACUUCUACCCUAGGCCUGAAAAUACACCAGGGCAAGAAAGGGUGCUUAAAGAAGGGUCAACAGGGAAGUCGCAUCGACAGCUACUUUCUGAGAAGCAGCUCGAGUCAGUCGACAGAAGUUCAGCAGCAGGACACACACCACAGUCUGCAGGACAUCAACACCCCUGCCCCAGAGGAGGAAGAACAAGGCACAGGAGAGCAACCUGAACCCAACCCAUCACGACCAACUGCAGAGAAGAAGAUCCAGGGGCGAAGGCCAUUAGUCAAGUGGCCAAAGGCCUGCGACAAGACGCUGUGGAAGGAGCGGAACACUGAUCUCUGCAACAUACUGGAAGGGAUCAGAGGCACAACCAUGAAGAAGUUGGAAAGAAUGGGCGAUCUUAUCUAUGCCUAUGGGGUGGAACGGUUCGGAGUGGUCGAAGGCAAACAAGCUACUCCGUCAAUCCUCACCAAAUCCAGAAGGCAGACAGAAAUAGACCGCCUAGUCAAGGAGAGGAGGCAGCUGAAGAAGCAAUGGAGGAAGGCCACAGAGGAGGAGAAGGAGGGUAUAAACCUGCUGCAGGAAGAGAUUCAGAGCAGGCUUGCAACACUGAGGAGAGCUGAAAACCUUCUGAGGAAGCGCAGAAGGAAGGAGCAAACAAGAUCACGCUUCUACAAAGAUCCCUUCAAAUUUGUGAAGAGUCUCUUCACAAAGGAGAAGAGCGGAAGUCUCUCGGUGUCAAAGGCCGACCUGGAAGAACAUCAUCUCCAGGUCCCAACGGAGUUCCAUACAGGCUCUACAAAAACGCACCGGACGUCCUGCGAUUCCUCUGGAAGCUGAUGAGAGUUGUGUGGCAAAAGAAGGAGAUACCAACGUCCUGGCGGAGAGCCGGAGGGAUUCUUAUCCCCAAGGAAAAGGAUUCAUCAGAGAUUGGGCAGUUCCACCAGAUCAGCC